AUGUACCAGAUGGAGUGGGUAAGGAAUGAGACAAGUGCCAAUGAACAGGGUAAUGUAUACCUGGUAAUGAGAGCGGGUAUAUUCUUAGAUCCAACAAACAGAGACCACUACACAUACCUGAUGACAAUGGUACUUUGGACUACAUACAGCACAGAGUUGGUGCUAGCAAAUGAGAUGGACCACAAGACAUACCUGAUAACAGCAGUAACUGUAGAUCAAGAUGAUGAUAAGUCAGCCCAACACCUGAUGACAAUAGAUGUACCCCCAACUGCAAUACAACAAGGAGUGGGUCCAAUGAAAUGCAAAGGUAGGACAUACCUCAUAACAAUGAUAAGUGAGGAUCAACAGUCAAUAACUAUGUAUCUACCACAAACUGCAAUUCAACAGAGUGGGUGGGUGCAGAAUGAGAUAUUAAAGAGCAUGAUCAGAUUUACUGCAAUAGAGCACAGAGUGGAAUCAGCUGGAGGGAAUAGUGCUAUAAAACAUACCUUUGUGAGUAGGAAGGAGAGGAUCUGGGGUGAAGGGCAAGAUGAACUCCUCAAGGUCUUGAACCCCACUAGCAGUGCAGUGGUGCUGGGGUGA